AAAACUUUUUAGUUAGUUAGUUUUUUGUCAGCAGGAAAAAUCCAAUUCACAUUUUUAGGUGAUGUAUCAUCGUCUUGUCCUGGGUGCCGCUGUGCUAUCUUGUUGUACAGGUAAAUCUUCGGUAUAUGGUGCACACGAGACAAUUUUCGCCUUUGCUGGUGGAGAUGUCAUCUUGCCCUGCAGCUUGGAUAUCACUGCCAUCAAUGACUUUCCAACAAUCGAGUGGUCCAAAGAGGGUCUGCAUCCAAAUGUCAUCUUCCUGUACCGGGAUGGCUGCGAGACAUACGAGAUGAAGAAUCGGGCCUUUGAGUACAGGACAAGCUUCGUCACCAGAGAGCUGAAAAAUGGAAACAUUUCAUUAAGGAUCUCUAAUGUGCAACUGUCUGACGCAGGAAAAUAUCAAUGUAUGAGACUGUGGAAUAACCCUAACACCCGAGACAUUACGAAGCUGGAGCUGGUUGUGGGGGCGGCUUCUGAGCCGAAACUCACAGUAGUUUCAGCUGAGAGUGGAGGAGUGACUCUUCAAUGUGAGGCAAACUGCUGGCUGCCACAACCAGAGAUAACGUUUCUGGAUGAUCAGGGAAACGAUAUUAGUGCUGAGGAGCCAAAAAGAGAUCAAAACCAUGCCGGAUGUUACAGUGUCAGAAGGAGAGUGACUGUGCAGACUGCUACCAACAGGGUCGCCUGCAGAGUUCACCAGCCAAAUACCAACCACACCAGGAUCACAGAGAUUCUCAUACCAGCUGACUGCCUGACGUCCUACACUCCAAUCAUUGGCGCCGCUGUCGGAGUGACCAUUUUAGUGACAAUGGUAUUGUGUGGAUCAGCUGUUUUUAUAUGGGAGAGAUGUCGCAAAUCUGCGGAGGGCCAAAAACCACCAGUGUCCAGACAGGUGUCAGAUGAAAGUAGGAUUACCCUCUCGGACAAUCAGUCGUUCCUGAAGAAGGGGGACAUAGCGGACAACAAUGGAAACGACACCACUGAGCAACUGAGAAGGAAAGUUGCUGACCUCGAAUCAAAGCUUCGUGAGCGAGACAAAAUCAUCCUUAAACUACAGAACGAGCCCAAAACUAGGUUUAGUCCUGUCGUAUGCCAGCACAGCCAGUCAACUAUUUUCCGCCGUCCUUCCAAAUCCUCACUGGAUGCCACAAAAGUCCUCAGUCCACCCUCUGACCUCGGCCCUGAAGCCAUAAACGUACCUGUUGACCACAAUCCAAAACCAGUGGACUCAACCAACAGCAACCCUCCAAAUUCUGGCAACUUACCUCAACGUGGAAUCUCCAGGCAGAAUAGCAAUCCAUCACCUGGUCGUCCGUUACAUAGAAAGCGCAAUAGCAGCCCGGCUAUUUUUAACUACACAUUGUCCAGUUCCUCUUCAACUAACAGGUCAAAGACGAUGUUAGGAGCUAACGAACAUUCAAAUAGUGAGUCUUGUAAAGGGCCACGUCCAAACGCUCCGAAGCCUCAGCGUAGACUAUCCUCCAGUAACUGUUUCUUUCUACUGGCACAUUUGUCCGAAGAAACAGAGAUGUUGGUGUCAUAAGAAUAAGAGCCCAAAGCAAAUUGUGAAGGUUGGAUUCCCUUAAACCAUGGCAGAUAAAAGCAAAACAAUCUGCAUGGCUAGAUACCACUAGCAGUACAUGAGAUACAUGAUCUUAAAAAACUUUUGGACUUAUCUGUUAAAACUCUGUUUUACUAUCUAGUAAAACAUAGUUGUUAAUGAGAACUCUUGGUUCUUAUUGCUGUCAUAUUCUUCUGAGAAAAGAAGCAGGCACUUUAAAUUGUUUAAAAACCAGUCAUGGGAAUAACAGCGUUAUAAAUAAACGAGUAAUCAAAUGAAUAACUGUUUCCCCCGUUACAACGCCGUUGCCGUUACUGCCCCCCAAAAAUGUGGCGUUACUUCUUCAGACCUCACUGAAGCGGUUUUCACCCGAACAGGCGCUUUUCUCUGUCUCUGUCUACUUGCCAAAUAGUGGCUGCACUUAGAGGCAAAACCAAAGACAGAGUAGAACGCAAAUGAGACACAAUAUCCCAGAGUUUUUGAGGAAUAAAAUUCAAUCGCUGCACAUCUGCCACAUGUACAAUUAUAUUAUUUACUUCUUUUUAGGACAUUUCUUAAGCACAAUUUAAUUUUGAACGUGUUUUGGGCCAGUUGUUGUUGAUUGGGGCAGCCAAGUAAUUUGACAUAUUUGAACAAUUUUUUUAAAAAGUAACAUAAUAGUUACUUUUCCUGGUAAUUAAUUACUUUGACAUUGAUGUAACUCAGUUACUUUUUUGGAGAAGUAAUGAGUAACUAUAAUUAAUUACUUUUUCAAAGUAACAUGCCCAACACUGUUAAAAACAUAGAUGAUACUUCAUUAUAAACUCAAAUAAUGUUUUAAACCCACAGUUAAUGAGCUUUAGCUUUUUGCAAUUUGGCAGGGACAGGUUUGCUGUAUCCCCAUGUAAGCUAAGCUAGGCUAACCAGCUGGUGGCUCCAGCUUUCACUUACCACACCUAAGGGUGGUAUCAAUCUUCUCAUCUAACUCAAACAAACGAAGCAAAUAAGCACAUUUAAAAACCUUUUUAAAUCCCAUAUUUACACUUAGCUCUCCUGCUUAGCACUGAUUCACAGCUCAGAUGUUUCCGCCCUUCACCUCAAAGAUAUCACGUCAACCAGUGUGUCUUAUUAUUCACAAUACUUAAUUUAUAGCCUAAUUGAUUUGCCUGGAAUUCAAAAAUCAUAUUUCUGAAAGAACACAUGGAAGGGGAUAUUUCUUUUAGCUUUCUACUGCAUUUCUGCUGCAAAGACGAGCCUUCUUUUAUUGAUAUAACUGCAAGUAUUGUCCUAAAUAUGCAACAAACUGCUGGUAAAUAAUUUUGGUGCAACACUUUUGCCAGUGUUUUUUUUAAUGAAUGAUGUAAAUGAACAUUGUCUGUGCACAAAAGGAUUUUUCCCUUUACAAGAGCAUAAACAAAAAACAUUUAACUCAUAUCUGCACAUACACUAGUAUUAUCAUUAUCACCAUUAUCAUUAUUUAUUUUAUUAAAACACUAUUAAUGUUGCUUUAAUUAAUAAAAGGUUAAAAAGGAAGUGAAAAAUCUUUUUGUUUUGCUGAAAAUGUUCAAUUCCAAACUAAUGGGUUGUAGGGUGUCAUUAUUUAAAUUACAUAAACAAAUAUACAUACUUACCAAUUUUGUAUGUAGUUUGCGAAAUAAGAUGUUAUUUAACUUGUUUUUGAAGCUGUCAUUUUGUAUGUGCACUUUCUCACUGUUGUAAUAAAGCUGUGACCCA